CUCGGCGUAUGCGAUAUAUCGAUGGAAUUCACGAGGCCGUUCACGCUGGCCGCGGCCGCGUUGAUUUACGCAGAGGAGUUGGCACAUCACUGGGUAGAGGGCUGCAAGGCUGAUUUACUGCUCAUUUAUAUUCACUCGUUUGAUCCGGGCAAAUUGAGAAAACCCUAUUUGGUACCAUUAUUUAGAUAUAACUAUGCACAUUUGUCACGCUUCUCACAUCCACUCGCCAUCCCAAAACGUCACACGGUGUUCACGGCCAUCAACAACUACUUGAAGAGUUUACGUGGCAUCGUUUCGUCCAGUGAGUUUGCCAAAUUUAUGCACCUCACCCAAAUUUACUUACCCGCAUGGGUAAAGCCCAUCGAAGUGCAGUCGUCGGUGCCUGAUUGGGCGAUUUUGAUAUCGUUCGCGUUCGUCGCGCUCGCGUUCUUCUCCAUUUACGUGGCCAACUGCAUUACGCAUCGUAUUGGCACGAGUUAUUGGCAGCCGAAAUCAUCGAGUGCGGGUGGUAUUCGUCUGGCGAACGACCGCUGGCGUGCCGGGUUCGGUGGUGGGGUGAUGAUGCAGAACGGCGGUAUGAAUAUGAAGAGCUCGAUGAUGUUCAAACAGUUCAAUCGACGCACCAAAAUUGCUCAGAAUAUGCAGAAAAUUUAA